GUGCUGGGGUUUGCUGAUGUAUUGGAUGAGGUUGUGGUAUUUUGCAUGUCAGUUCGUAGAAAUACAGCUGGGAGAUCAGAGAUGUGUGAUACUGAAGAAGGACUUGGGAAGUGAAAAGGGGUCAGAUGUAGGGGUUUUAAAGGAAGAUAUAUACACGUGUUUAUAUUUUUUUUUAGAAAGGAACGAAAGACCAAAGACAACUUAUUGAAACCAAAAUGCUUUGCCUUGUUACGAGGCCGGAUUCGGUGGUUAUGGAGGUGGAAGUUGAUCCGAAAGCAAAUGGAGAAGAUUGCUUAAAUAAGGUUUGCAGAAAAUUGGGAAUAAUAGAGGUGGAUUACUUUGGGCUCCAGUUCUCGGGCAGCAAAGGAGAGAGUUUAUGGCUGAAUUUGAGGAACAGGAUCUCCCAGCAGGUGGACAGCCCUGCACCCUGCAGACUGAAGCUGCGAGUGAAGUUCUUUGUUGAGCCACAUCUCAUACAACAGGAGCAAACUAGGAAUCUAUUCUUCAUGCACGUAAAAGAGGACCUGUACAGUGGUCGUCUGCAGUGUUUGCCUGAACAGGCAGAAGAGCUGUGUGCACAAGUGGCUCAGGCGGAAUUUGGAGACUACAACCAGAACACUGCCAAGUACAUCUAUAAAGAAAUUUGUGGGAAGGACCCCAGUCCAAGGGUACAAAGCAGCAUCAUUGCAAAGCACAAAGAGCUGGAAGGAAUGAGUCAGUCAUCGGUGGAGUACCAGGUCCUGCAGAGAGUAUCCACUCUGGAGAACUAUGGUGUGGAGUGGCACUGGGUGCGGGACGGGGAAGGGCAGAAGCAGGUGAUUGGAGUGGGACCAGACGGCAUAUCGGUCUGCAAGGAGGAUUUCAGUCUUAUUAACAGGAUUACUUACCCAGUAAUUCAAAUAGCUACCCAAUCAGGAAAGAACGUCUACCUGACAGUAACCAAGGAAACUAUCAACAGCGAAGAACUUGUGUUCAAGCUCAUCAGCACCCGAGCGGCGAGCGGUCUUUACAGAGCAAUAACUGAAACCCACGCUUUCUACAGGUGCGACACAGUAACGAAUGCUGUCAUGAUGCAAUACAGCCGUGAUUUUAAGGGACACCUGGCGUCUUUAUUCCUUAACGAGAACAUUAACCUGGGCAAGAAAUAUGUCUUUGACAUCAAACGCACGUCCAAGGAGGUGUACGACCAUGCGCGACGAGCCUUGUACAAUGCUGGCAUUGUAGACUUUGUAUCUCGGAGAGACAGCAGCUCCCAGAACGCUCCACUCAAGUCCUCGGAGAGCAAUCUCAACUGCGCAAGCUGCGAGGGGCUGAGCUGUCAGCAGAGCAAAGCCUUGCAGGACAAGCUGCAGAAGCUGAAGGAGGCCAUGCUUUGCAUGGUGUGUUGUGAGGAGGGGAUAAACUCUGCCUUCUGUCCCUGUGGACACAUGGUCUGCUGCAAAACCUGUGCUGCCCAGCUACAGUCCUGUCCUGUUUGUCGAUCGGACGUGGAACAUGUUCAGCAUGUCUAUUUGCCUACCUGCACCAGCCUUCUAAACCUGACUAUGAUCUGACGGGUCAGUUGACACUUCAGCAUGAAACGACAUGGCCUCUUAAAUCCAACUGCACUACAAAUGCUGUACAAAAGCAAUUGAAAUAUUAUGUUAUAGACAUAAGACAAAGCAAUUAUUCCUGUGUUUUCUUCAGGCAAAAUCAAGAUGUUCAUAGUGAGCAUAACGCCACCUACCUGUCACCUUGGACAGGAAGUUUGUGAACAUUAAUAGCUGUUACAAGGACUUUGAAAAAAACAGUGAGAUUCUUUCUUUUUUUAUAUAUAUUUUUAUUCUUUCAGAAAUGUGGUAUCAGUUGAUCUGAUCAGAGUAGUGAUGUAAUCACUCUUGAAUUCUUUAUUUUCUAAUCAUGCAUUAUUAUACUUUUUUUUUUUUUUUUUUUUUUUUUUUUUUUUGGCUUUUUGGACCAUUGCCUAAAACUAAUUGCAUGAGAGGAGGAAAUUUUAUGUAUUUUAUUCUUUAUUCGAAACUCUAUACAUAAGCAUGUAUUGGUGUUUUUUUUUUUUUAAUGUUUAAGAACUUCCUCCUUUUUAAAUUCUUUUUUUUUUACAUGCAGACAACUCCACAGCAUUUAUAACCACUAUUAUUAUUAUUAUUAUUAUUAUUAUUAUUAUUAUUAUUAUUUGUGUGGCUUUUGACUCUUUAAUUCUGUAUAUUAGUUCUUAGACCAAUGUUCAUGCCAAAGUGGGAAAGACCAAGGACAAACCUGGUACAAAGUUGUUUUAAAUUUUGGAUUUCUGUAAAAGUUGAGAUUCUGUCCAAAUGUUUUAAAACUUUUUUUUUUUUUAAAUCUAAAGAUUUCAGGGUUUAUUUAUUACAUUUUCCCCAGCACUACAUCAUUCACUAACUAGACUUAGUGAACUUUCUUUUUACUAACUUUUUAGUGAAAUAUUCCCUGAUUUUGACUCUUCCAGUUUCUGAAUAUUCCAUGAUGUUGAACACUUGUGAAAAGACAUCAAGCAACCUCUGUACUCUUUAACAGGAGGUAGCGAAUUUCAUUGAAGUCGUCCUUAGCCAUUCUAGUUCCCUGCAUCAGUAUUCAUAUGGUUUAUCCAAUCGUGACAGAUGCUAAUUUCAUCACAAUUUUAUACACUUUUAGUGCCCGAUGGUCUAAGUAGGGUAAUAUGUUUGUAAUUUAAAUUUUGCCUGUCCUUGGUUUUCUUUCUUUGGUAUGUGGUCACUAGUAGUUUCUUUGAUUUGAAUAGAGGGUGCUAGUAGACCUGCAAGUGCAAUACUAGCUGCUCAAAGGCUAGAGGGUAAGGGAGGUGGGGAGGGUGGGCAAACAAAUCUACACUGUCACUUUACCAAGGACAUUUCCUUUAGUGUUCUGUUCAUAGGGCUUGCCUUAAUGUAGCAACAAUGUUUUGUUUUUUGUAUGCAUUCUGUUUCUUUGCACAGACAUUAAAGAAAAGAAACGCUUGCCUUAUGAUGGCAUAUUUCAGCACACUGCCUUGCUUCCAGAGGUGUUUAUUUUUUCACUUUGUACAAAUGAGUUUUGUUUUGCUUUUUCAGAGCAAAAGCACCAGCUGUCUGUAAAAUAGUAAUAGAUAGUUUUUUGUUUUUUUUUAUAUUUAAGGGGGGAGACUGGGGGGCAAGUAUUAAUAAAAGAUUUUUAAAUAUU